GUUUAACUUCACUCUGCGACACAUGGAUAUUUCCUGCGACGCGUACAAUCAUUUCAAACACUGUCUGUCCCAGCUGCAGGACAUGCAGGAUGGAUGCUGCCGAUUCAAGGUGGAACGGGUCUCGUUAAACUUUUCACAGUUUCUUCUUUAUGAACGCGUUGAGCAACUGGAGCUUUGGCAGUUGAGUGCAACUCGUCUUCCACCUGAAAAAGCCAAGUCUGGUUCUGACCUGCCUUCUUCUUGACCAGAUGCUUCCAUUCAUGUGGGAUGUCUGUGUGUUUUCACUGUAUCAGGAGUGAAGAUUAUAUUUAGUCUCAGCUGGGUUUAGACAGAAGAGCUGCUUUUGAUAUGUAUCAAAUGAUCCUUGUCAC